UUACAAACAUAAUUACAUGGUUUCCACUGAAGCAAGGAGGAUCUCUUCUCUGUAACCUCUGGCCGAAAAAGGAGGGUUUCACCUGACCAAAACGACGCUGUUUUUGUUUUUUAUAAACUGGCCUCUUUUCUCUUGUAGAAUCUAAUCUCUCCUGAAACUCGCGAAGGAAGCUUCUCUCUCGAAGCCUAAAUCAGAAAUCGAUGGCGUCCUUGGCUCGCCGAGCAAUGAGCCUAGCUCAGAUUCCAUCUGCACGUGUGCCCGCCUCUGUUUGUCAGCGUCGCGGUCUCGCCGGCGCCGCUGAUCACCAUGGAUCUACCAAGGUUGACUUCUGGAAACAGCCCACGAAUCCAGGAAACUGGAAAGAGGAGCAUGUACCUUUCAUUUCUCCUCUCUUCUCUGUGUGUGUUUUUAUAGAUUCCUUUCUGACGAAAACCAAAUCUGCAGUUUGUGCUUAUUUCGCUCUCUGGCUGGGGAUUGCUCUUCUACAGUGGUUACAAACUCUUCACCGACGACAAGCCUGCGCAAUGAAUUUAUCACCCGGAAAAGACAAGACAGCUCUCCUUCUCGUGCUGGUCUUGUAUCAAACAAGGCCACCAAAAUUACUUCUUGACAGUCUUUGUUUGCUUUCUUUUAAAAUAAUAUAUAUGCUGCUACGAUGCAUCAAACACUUUUGAGAUCCCCUUCCUAAUCAUGUCUCCAAUUGAUGAUGAUUCUUAGCUGUUUUGCGUUUCAUAAUUGAAACAUAUCAAGAUUUUAGCAUUUUGAUAUGCUUUGGAUCAUUCUAAUUGUAUGGUCUCGAUACCAGUUUUUUUUUUUUGUUCAAAUCAGUUCCUUGUUCAGCA